CGCCAAUUCGCCAUUCGCCAUGUCGAGGAUUUCCUUAACGGAUGCUCAGACCAGUCAUCGGACGAGAGAUCCCUAGUUCAGAGUCCAGACUGUGGCACACAAUGGGGAAGGCAAAGAAAAAAAAAAAAUCUGUCCCGCGAUGGUUGGUCUGUACCUAAUAUAACCAAGUAUCCCAGUCCAAAACGAUAACGUUGCAUUCGGCAGACUUCAUUUCUUUUACAUAACCUACUCUUGUCAGAUUCUCCUUUAUCUGCUUCUACUCUGCGGGAAAUAGAGACGGGGGAAUCCCAGUCUACCUGGGAGGGAUUUUUAUUGAUCUUCCUUCAAUUUGAACCAGAGAGAGAGAGAGAGAGAGUCUGAGACUGACAUCUUCCACUUCGUUAUCUCUGCUCUUUCCUUUCCUUUCCCCCUUCUCUUCUUCUUCUUCUUCUUCUUCUCUGAUUCAUCGCUGCGCUUUUUGCCAAUUGGACCGUCGAGAGCCAGCCAUGGCCUCUGAGACUGAUUUCACCCCCGUGGCCAAGGAAGGAAAGGACAAGAUGCCCAACGAAGAAGCGGUUCAGCUCCCUGCUCCUCCAGCUAAUGGGAUCGACGACCUGGACUGCGAGAAGUAUGGUGCCGGCCCCGAGUCGAAUCCACUGCCAGACCUGAAGCGGAAGCUGAAGAGUCGACACUUGCAGAUGAUUGCUAUCGGUGGUACCAUUGGUACUGGUCUGUUCAUCAGUAGCGGGACUGCGAUUGCGACGGCCGGACCCGUGGGGGCUUUGAUUGCCUAUAUCUUUGUCGGUUCGAUUGUCUACUCCGUGAUGACCGCUUUGGGAGAAGUCGCGACCUAUAUCCCGAUUCCCGGAGCGUUUACCGCAUACGCCACCCGUAUGAUUGACCCUAGUCUCGGUUUUGCUAUGGGUUGGAUCUAUUGGUUUUCCUGGGCCAUUACCUUCGCCUUGGAACUGACCGCGACGGGGCUGAUCAUUCAAUUUUGGGACCGUAGCAUCAACAUUGCCAUCUUCAUCGCUAUCUUCUGGGUUUUGAUCACCAUCUUCAACUUCUUGCCCGUUAACUUCUUUGGGGAACUGGAGUUCUGGUUCUCCAGUAUCAAGGUGCUGACCGUGGUCGGAUUUAUGAUCUUCGCCAUUUGCAUCAACGCGGGAGUGGGCGAUGAGGGUUACAUUGGGUUCCGCUACUGGGUUCACCCCGGCCCCUUCAAUCCAUACAAACACGUCACGCCUGAGUCGACGGCCAAGUUUGUCGGUUUCUGGGCGGUUCUCAUCCAGGCCGGGUUCUCCUACCAGGGGACAGAGUUGGUCGGUAUUGCCGCUGGCGAGACCGAGAAUCCUCGCCAGACUGUGCCGUCGGCUAUUCGCAAGACCUUCUUCCGUAUCCUGUUUUUCUUUGUCCUGACCAUUUUUUUCAUUGGAAUUGUGGUGCCCUCCAACAACGACAACCUCCUCACGGACGGAAACGAUGCCAACUCGUCGCCAUUCGUCAUUGCCGCCAACCUUGCUGGUGUCAAGGUUCUCCCCUCGAUCAUUAAUGCUGUGUUGUUGACGGUGGUGCUCUCGGCCGCCAAUUCCAACGUCUACAGCGCUAGCCGUAUUCUGAUUGGUCUGGCCCAGGAGGGAUUUGCUCCCAGGUUCUUCAAGAAAACCACCAAGAACGGGGUGCCUUACUACAGUGUUGCCUUCACCGCCUGCUUUGGUCUGCUGGGGUUCAUGAAUGUCUCCAGCGCGGGAAGCACUGUGUUCAACUGGUUCCUGAACAUCUCGAGUGUGGCCGGUUUCAUUAGCUGGGCUUCGUUGAAUGCAUGCCACCUCGCGUUCAUGCGCGCGUUGAAAGCUCGCAACAUCUCCCGCGACCUGCUCCCCUACAAGGCUCUGUGGCAACCGUUUUACUCCUGGUACGGGCUCUUCUUCAACAUCCUCAUCAUCAUCACCCAGGGGUUCACCUCGUUUAUCCCCAGUUUCAAUGUCCGGGAGUUCUUCAUCGCCUAUAUCAGUGUGAUUCUCUUUGUGGUGCUCUAUGUCGGACACAAGAUUGUCUACCGCACAUCGUUCGUCCAGCCUAUCGAUGCCGAUAUCGACACGGGCCGUGUUGCCUUGGAGAACGAGUACUGGGAGACCACGACUUCGGACGAGAAGUGGUAUAAGCGAAUGUACAAGGCACUUUUCUCCUAAGACGUGCUCGUUACCUCAUCCAAUCUUUGUAUAUUUCUGCUGGGGUCCCGUUUUUGGAUGUACAUUAUUAUGUUGUUUACGUUUUUGGAUGUCAAGCAUUGGCAGGGAGUUUGGGUGAAUUAGAAAUAUAUAUCU